AUGGCAGACACAGGGGAGGUAACCGAGAUAGGUGGCGGAUACACCUUCUUCUGGUCAGGAAAGAGCCAGGUCGAACCCGGAGAAUCUGGAGUUGGCUUCGCAAUACGCACUUUACUUGUGAGAAAGCUAGAAACCCUUCCCAGAGGAAUUAAUGAUCGCCUUAUGGUAAUGAGGCUUCCCCUGAAAGGGAACACACAGCUGACUCUCAUCAGUGCAUACGCCCCUACUAUGAGCUAUGCACAAGAGCAGAAAGAAGAAUUCUAUGAGAAACUUGCACACCUGCUGCACACUGUACCCAAACAUGACAAGUUGCUGCUCAUGGGGGAUUUCAAUGCUCGAGUUGGCAGUGACUCCGAAGCGUGGCCAGGUCACAUAAAGCGUAAACACCAGGACUGGUUCGAUAACAACAAUGAAGAAAUCACCAGCCUCCUCAAGAAGAAGCAAGAAGCCUUCACACAGUGGCUGAAUGACAAGAACUCCACAGCAAAACAUGACCACAUAAAGCACCUUAGGAGUAAAGUCCAAGUCGAACUAAGAAAAAUGAAGAAUAAGUGGUGGGAGUCCAAGGCGGCAGAACUGCAACAGUUUGCAGACGAACAUAACACAGGAAAGUUCUUCGCAGGCCUGAAGGCAGUGUAUGGUCCCUCGUCCAACGCUAUGGCACCCGUCCGCUCAGCUGAUGGUACUCUCCUCACAGAGAAAAGUGACAUAACCGAGCGCUGGAGACAACACUUCAGCCAGCUGCUCAACAGAUCGACCCUCCAUCAUUAA